AUGCGAGGCUUUGUGCUUGGUCAAAUGAGGUGUCGGAGUACCAGAGAUGGAGUGGAAACAGAGGUGAGGGUGAAUGGACGAGACUUCUCCAAGGCAGGCCACGAGGAGGCCGUGGUGGAGGCCAUCAGACGAGACCCCAUCGUUGUCCAGGUCCUUCGUCGCACUCCUGCCGGGGCCGCCGCCACCGUUGCCCGUAACCAUGGCGGUACGACGCAGGAAGUGUGUGUGGUGGAUGUAUGCACACAAACUGACAUCACCUUUGAGCACAUUAUGGCGCUGGCCAAGCUUCGGCCUGCCACCCCACCCGUCCCCGACAUUUGUCCCUUCCUUUUGUCUGACAGUUGUCACUCGAUCCACACGAUGGAACAUGAGUUCUACGAGUGUCCAGAGUAUCUGUCCAACAACCCGGCGGAGGUGGAGAGGACGGAGGAGUACGAGUACGAGGAAGUGGAGCUGUGUAGGCAGGACAGCCAUGAGAAAUUGGGCCUGACGCUGUGCUACAGGACCGACGAUGAGGAAGACAUGUCCAUAUAUGUUAGCCAGGUGGAGCCCGACAGCAUCGCAGCGAGGGACGGACGCAUCAAGGAAGGAGAUCGCAUCCUACAGAUAAAUGGCUGUGAAGUGCAGGACAGAGAGAAGGCUGUAGCCUUAUUGUCAAGUGAAGAUGUGAGGAGUAUCGUGCUCUUGGUGACAAGGCCAGAGAUGCAGCUGGAGGAGGAGGUGUGGCUGGAGGAGGAGCAGAGGGAGCUCCUGGAGGAGCUGAAGAUGGAGAUCCUGGCAGAAAGCAGGAGACAGAAAGAAGAUAACAAUGGAGAAGAGCGUCCACCAGAGGAGGAGGUGACAACUGACACAGCUACCUGCUCCUCCAACACUCAGGACAAGGACAGCGGGCUUGGACGCAGCACUGACAGCCCAGAUCACCAGCCGCUGCUGGCCAGGCUCCACAGGAGGAGCACAGCCCAGGCACUGAGGGACCGAUGGCGGGCAGAGCAUCCCCAUAGCCAGGGACGAGGACUGGAGAAGCGAGGAGCGGCAUUGCCCCAGGACACCCAAAGUCUAAGGGCAAUGCCCAAAAGCCAGGGCCAUGAGGGCAAACUGGUUAUGCGAGGCGGUGGAGGUGGACUCCUGGGACUGGAAAACCGCUUCCAGCAACUUCUGGAGCUCAAGUGCCAGAUCCGCAAUGGCGGAGAGUGUGGGGUAUACUCCAUCCGGCACAGCAUCGAGUGUAGCCUCACUGAGCAGGGAGGAGGUGACGGGGGAGGUGAUGGUGAUGGCAGCAGUAUGGAUGGAGGACUUGGAGGUGAGGGAGGGAUGGAGCAGGAGCUGAGGUUGCUGAACGAAGAGUUGCGUAGCAUCGAGCUGGAGUGCCAGAGCAUCAUGCAGGCUCAUCAGCUCCGCCAAACCCAGCAGCUGGACCCCGCUCAACCCUCACCCUGCUCCCCAGGACGGAGCCCCAAAGAUGGAUGUAGGAGACACGGCAGGCUGGCGGACAUCCACGAACACCCGGAGAAGACUGACAGUGAUAAGAUGAGAGAGAAGGACAGCUCUAGUGCCUACAACACCGCGGAGAGUGCCCGGUCAACACCGCUGGGUGUGGAGAGAUCUCCUGACCACUCUCUCCUGAGAUGCGUCAACCUCACCAACCAGAAGAACCUAAAAAUGGCCUCCUCUUCCUCCUCCUCCACGCCCUCCACCCCCAUCCCCAUUCCAAAGCCUCAGGGUGCACCCAGCUACCGCAGGACAGACCCAGGCCCUGUCAUCUCCAGCAGCCCCGACCAGAGCAACCCGUCACCUUCAGAGUCGGACCCUGCCCUGCCAGCGGAUGACGAGAGGUGUGAGAAGAAAGGGAGGAGUAGGACUUUGCAGAGAGGGGCUCCCUAUGCCUCACCCUAUCAAAUAGCCCCACAACAAGGCCCCGGAGGGUCCAGGCAACUCCAGAGCUACAUGCAGUUGCUACAGCAGCACUCGUCCUUGGAGUAUUCCCAGAGCCAGCUGAGUCUGCUCAGCGUCUGCCGGGAGCCCCUGCACCGCAGCGGACGCCCUGGGGAACCCCGGCUUGAGUGGAAGGUCAAGGUUCGGGCUGACGGCACACGCUACGUGGCACGGAGGCCUGCCCGUGACCGCAUCCUCCGGGAGCGGGCGCUCAGGAUCCGGGAGGAGCGAAGUGGAGGCAUGACCACGGAUGACGAUGCCAUGAGCGAGAUGAAGAUGGGCCGCUACUGGAGCAAGGAGGAGAGGAAGCAGCACCUGGCCCGGGCGAGGGAGCAGAGGAAGAGGAGGGAGUUCAUGCAGAAGAGCCGUCUGGAGUGCCUGCGGGAGGGGCCGGCCAGCGGUGCCGAGGGCAGGAAAGAAGUCAACAUCUUGGAGCUUAGCCACAAGAAGAUGAUGAAGAAACGCAACAAAAAGAUCUUAGAUAACUGGAUGACCAUCCAGGAACUGAUGAGCCAUGGCGCCCGAGCUCCGGAGGGCACUAAAGUACACAACGCAUUCCUGUCUGUCACAACUGUGUAG